CCUCCAGAAGCCCCCCCCUUCGAGUCGUGCGUGAAGCAUUUCCUCUCUCUCUGUCUCUCGUCCGAUAAUAUACACUGAACAGAACCCGGCACAGCAUCCGAAAAAUUCCGAUAUAUCGGAGCAUUCGAGCCAAGAGGAACUAUUGAAAAUAUUAUUGGUUUCGGAUCGGACGUACUCUUAUAAUAUGCAAAUCGAGGCUGGGCCCGCGUCACCGACCGAUCGAGCUGUUCCGCCUCCGGUGGCUCCACCCACGAUGAUCCCGAUACAGAACCCGAUGAUGAUAUCGGAUGAAUUCGCCAGGGACGCCAUUCUCGCCUGGUACCGCGGCGAGUUCGCGGCGGCGAACGCGAUCAUCGACGCGCUGUGCGCGCACCUGGCCCAGCUCGGUGGAGCGAGGUCAGAGUACGACGCCGUCUUCGCUGCCAUACACCGCCGGAGGCUCAACUGGAUCCCAGUGCUGCAGAUGCAGAAGUACCACUCCAUCGCCGACGUGGCGGUGGAGCUGCGGCGUGUUGGGGAGAAGAAGAAGAUGGACAUGAAUAAGGAGGACGCCGAGGCCGAGACGAAGAAUAGCGCGGAGUUGAAGGUGGCAAAAUUCGACGAGAAAGAUAAACUUGACGAGAAAUUGACUCAAAGUGACGCAAAUGGCGAAGGUGAGUUUGGUGAAGAGCAGGAUUCAUCACCGGAGAGUGAUAUCACUGAUUCAGGGUCUCAAGAAGUGCAGCCUGCUGAAUUAAACAUGAACAUAUGUUCUAAUCAUCUAGACUGUGAAGCACGGCCCGGCCAGAUCAAGUUAACAAAAGGUUUCUCUGCCAAGGAGCCAGUGAAAGGGCACAUGGUCAAUGUUGUGAAAGGAUUAAAGUUAUAUGAAGACGUAUUCACUGAUGCAGAGCUCUGUAAGUUGAAUGACUUUGUUAAUGAACUCCAGGCAGCUGGGCAGAGUGGAGAGCUCUCAGGUGAGACCUUUAUUUUAUUCAAUAAACAGAUGAAGGGAAACAAGAGAGAGCUGAUUCAGUUUGGAAUUCCAAUUUUUGGACAAAUAAAAGAGGAUGCUGCAAGUAACAAUCAAACUGGCAAUAUAGAGCCAAUUCCAGCUCUUCUCCAAGGUGUCAUCGAUCACCUUUUGCAGUGGCAACUGAUUCCAGAGUAUAAAAAACCAAAUGGUUGCAUCAUUAACUUCUUUGAGGAGGGGGAAUAUACACAGCCAUUCCUGAAACCACCCCAUUUGGACCAACCUAUCUCCACACUUCUCCUUUCUGAAUCAACAAUGGCUUUUGGGCGUACUCUUGUGAGUGAUAAUGAAGGGAACUACAAAGGGCCGCUCAAUCUCUCCCUGAAGCAAGGCUCUCUUCUAGUCAUGAGGGGAAACAGUGCUGACAUGGCCAGACACGUCAUGUGUCCAUCUCCUAACAAAAGGGUCAGCAUCACACUCUUCAGAGUCCGGCCAGAGUCCAACCAAUUCCAGUCCCCAACAAGUCCUCCCAUGACAGCAGGUGCCAUGACUCUAUGGCAACCAGGUGUUCCAAGCACAUAUGCAGUGCCAAAUGGAGCACUCAAUGGCUACAAGGCAAUGGACACUAUGUCUGGAUGGGGAGUCAUGCGAGGCCCGGUUGUCAUGUUGGCCCCAGUGCGCCCUAUGGUGUUGAGCCCCCAAGGACUUCCUCAAGGUGGCACUGGAGUUUUCUUGCCAUGGACCAUGGGAUCCCAUAGGAAACAUGCAAAGCAUCUCCCUCCACGUGCCCAGAAAGGACGGCUUCUGGCCUUACCUUCCCCAGUCGAAACACAAGUGGUGGAGUCCACUUCUGAAGCUGGCAUCACUGUUUGAGUAAUAUUGCUGUGAAGCAAGUCUAUGGCAGCCCUGUGGUCCUAAGCAAUAUGAUUCAGCAAAGGUAGAAAUCAUGUUUGCUUCGUUUUUCUUGUUAUAGUAAAAAAAAAAAAGGGUGGGGGUCCAGGUGCUUUGCUGUUAGAGGAGCUUGUUUCUUCAUUCCUUUGUUUUUCCAAAGUAAGCUUAGGCUCUCACAAAUACUCUCUUGAAUGUCAAUCAUGGUAAAGAUCAGUUUUAGUGGUAGUUGAGCUUGAAGUUUGAGAAGUGUGAAUUAGCUCCAAGUAGAGGCGGAAUUUUGUAGUAAUUAUUGCCUUGUAUUUUCCCUCUUCGGCUCUUUCACAGACUAUAAUCAAAUCACUUUCUGGUUGCAUUGUUUA